AUACAUUCAAGAUUUUUCUUGAGGAAUGUAUGACCGAGCUAAAAAACGGGAAUAGAGCGAGUACUUAUUUCAAACCGCCCAUGUGCCAAAAAAUAUGUAAGAGGCUUUUGGAACGAACGGGUAAAGAAUUGGACAAAAAUCAAAUGAAAAACAAAUGAGACAUUAUGCGGAAAGAGUUCAAAUAUUACGACCGUUUAACAAGACUAGAAAUGGGAAUUUCAAUUGAUCCCGUGAAAAAUACAAUCUCAGCAUCAAAGGAAUGGUGGGAUGAUAAAUUAAAGGAAGAUAAAGAGUUUGUUAAGUUUAAGGAUAAGAAUUUGGAUGUAUAUCAGACAUAUUAUGAGGCUUUAUUUCGGGAUAUUGUAGCUAUUGGAGACAAGGCUAAGGAUUGCAUUGGUGUCAUCGAUGGAACACACGUGAAGGCUUCUGUUCCACAACAUGAACAAAUCAAAUUUAUUGGGCGAAAGAAUUGCGUUGCUCAAAAUAUUAUGGCAACAUGUGAUUUCAACAUGUGCUUUACCUUUGCGUGGGCUGGAUGGGAGGGAACUGCACAUGAUACGAGAAUUUUCAAUGAAGUGCGAAGGAGAUGUGAAGUAAAGUUUCCACUUCCAACCGAUGGUAAGUAUUACCUUGUAGACGUUGGAUAUCCUAAUACAAAAGGUUAUAUUGCUUCCUAUAAAGUCUGGAUGGCUCGACGGGUGUUACUAAGAGAUAUGCAUGUAAAUUUCGACUUCGAGACCCAAGUUAAAAUUGUGCUAGCUUCAAUGGCGAUUCACAAUUACAUUAGAUUGAGCGGUAGUGGUGAUGCAACAUUUCAAAUAGCGCAAGAAGAAUCUUAUAUUUCGCACAAUGAUGAAGGAUCCAAUAAUGGUAUUGAGCCACAUGACGAGGUAUCAAGUACACAACGUAGAACUGAGGAUAUGUAUAUAGUGCAGUACGCGAUAUGA